AUGGCGGGUUCGACCAGUCUUGCUGACUUCAAGCAGCUGGCCCUGCUUGGAGAAGGAGCUUACUCUGCCGUUUACAAGGUUCUUCGCCUGGCAGACAAUGAGAUCUAUGCUUUGAAGAAGGUCAAGCUACCUUCCUUGUCCGACAAGGAGAAACAGAAUGCCCUCAACGAGGUCAGAUUGCUUGCAUCCGUCAAGCAUCCGAACGUCGUGGCUUACAAGGAGGCUUUCUGGGACGACAAGACCCGGUGCCUCUGUAUUGUCCAGGAGUGUGCAGACGGCGACCUCCUUCAGCAGAUCAACAAAUGCAAGCAGGAGCGCGCCUACCUGCGCGAGGCAGAUGUAUGGCGAUACCUGGAUGGAAUGUGCCAAGGUCUCAAGGCUUUACAUGAUAUUCGGGUGCUCCAUCGUGACAUGAAGUCGGCCAAUGUCUUCCUGAGCCACACGAAGGACGGCACGAUGGCAAAGCUUGGCGACUUCAAUGUUUCCAAGGUUGCCAAGCGUGGCCUUUGCAUGACUCAGACGGGCACUCCGUACUAUGCAUCUCCCGAAGUUUGGCGGGACAUGCCAUACGAUGCUAAAAGUGACAUGUGGUCCUUGGGCUGUAUCAUGUAUGAGAUGGUAGCUCUGCGACCUCCGUUUCGAGCGGAAGAUAUGGAAGGGCUGUAUCGCAAAGUUGUGCGUGGGCAGUACCCACGCAUUCCAGCGCAUUACAGCCAAGAUCUUGCAGACGUAAUUGCAGCGUUGCUUCAGGUCCACCCUCGGAAUCGCCCGGCUGUGGACCAGUUGUACCAGAUGCCUCAGAUGGCCCGUCAUUGCAAUGGGCUCCCUGGAGAGGCCUUUCAGUAG